AUGACGAAAGCGCGACAGGACCUGAAUAUCAUUGAGUUUGAUCCAAACACUACCCGCUACGGAAAGAGAAUCCCAAAAGAAGCCUGGGAUAAAAUCAGAGCUCAGGUGUUGCCGUACUUGGCCUUGUCAGUUGCCAACAUCCGAAGGGAACUCAAGUCGCAGCAAAUUUUCGUCACAGAACACCAGCUUCAGCGGAAAGUCAAAAAAUGGCGAUCUGAUGAGAAGAGAUCAAGCGAAUCUCCCCGGGCGAUAGGUCUUUCUCGGGAUCCCGCCACAUUGAAGCACGUCAGUGGCCGCGAGAAAAAACGCAAAGACAUGACACAGACACCGCGGGUCCGCGGCACACCCAGGCUCACAUCAAACAUUGACUCCGAUCUUUGA